AUGCUGUUCCUACGCUGCACACGGCAUAUCGCCCAAGCGCGCCCGUCGCUCAAUCUCCCCGCGACCACGUCGCUGCUCCAGUCGACUCUUCGCCCUCUGGCCGCAUCUCAGCCCGCACAAUCGCAAGUCUCUCCUUGUCCGCCUCACAGUGCAUACUCACUAACCAUUGUCUGCAGUCGCACAUUCUCGCUGCUGUCAUCCAGACGCCCGACACUUCCCACCACCCCAACUUCGACACUAUCCCUCAACACGACCCUCGAGCUUCCAACUCUGCCAGCCGCUUCCACCACACUCACCCUUCUGCAGGCCAGAGGCCCCAAGAGAGAUACAUUCGACCCUUCGCACCGCGUCAGAAAGCGAAGAAGUGGUUUCCUUGCCCGUAUCCGCACGAGGAACGGCCGCAACCUGAUCAAGAGAAGACUUUUGAAGAAGAGAUCCACCCUCAGCCAUUGA